UUGGCAACAGUGGCCAGCAAAGCAGCAAAAAAUUGCAAUAUUAAUAAUAAUUAAAUUCAACCGUGGCUCGGGCUCGCACAAAUAUAAUUUAAAAAAAUCAAUUGUAUGUACAGUCAAUUGUCGAGAACCCUCGACGCUUGUGAGCAUUGUGGCAAACUGUUGCGGGGUGUAAAUAUGCGCGGCGCAUUUCUCUACUACUGUAACAUUAAUUGCGCUUCGACUGCGACUGCGACUCGAAUUUUGCUGCAAGAUGAGGCGAUCAGGUGGCGCGCCUAAAAAGUGUACAAAAAUACAAAAUGUGUCUACCCAAAUAACAUGUCCAACGGAAGCGUGUGUAAAAGUUUAGAAAGUAUAUACAAAAAAAUAACGUGAAAAUUGGUGCAAAAGGAAAGAGAGUAGUAAGCACUCCCAUACACAGACGUACGUGCCAACACCAACACCAUCAAAAACGCACACUCUCACGCACACAUACACAUAUACGGGACGCACACUAAAAACACGAAGGCAUCGUAAUCGUUGUCGUUGUUUUAUCCUGCUUAUUCUUGUUGCCUCGUCCGUCGUGCGAUCCUUUGUUGUUGUCUACAGCAGCAGCAGCAGCUGUGCCGUCUGCUGCUUUAAGCUGAAAACGGCACAUAAAACACAUUCGUGUCCGGGUCGUGUUACUGCCUUUGCCUUGCAAUCGUCAUUUGUCGUGUACUCGUUGUUAUUGUUGUUGCCUGGGUGUCCUUGAAGUUCAGCUGCCCGUUUGCUGUUUUGUUUAGUGCGUGCCAAGCAAAAUAAAAUAACAGUGUGUGCACAGAAAAACGUAAAAAAGCAACAAUAUAAAAAUGCCGCCAGCAUUAAUUGGCAUCUCGGAGUUUGUGGAGGAGACGCGGGAUGAUUACAAUUCCCCCACCACCUCCACAUUUGCAUCCCGCAUGCCGGAUUGCCGUCAAACGAUUAGCAUAUUGGAGGAGCGUCUGGAGUUUGAUCGUGAGGGUCUGACAAAGCUAAAGAAGGCCGUCAAAGCCAUACAUAACUCUGGCAAUUCUCAUGUGGACAAUGAAAUGUUUAUGAUGCGCGCAUUGGAGCGUUUGGGCGGCAAGGUCAUUGAUCAAGAUGAGCCCGACAUUGGAGCGGCUUUUCUCAAGUUCUCCGUGGUCACCAAAGAGCUAAGUGCGCUGAUGAAGACGCUGAUGCAAAAUAUCAACAACAUUGUCAUGUUUCCGGUUGACUCGAUGCUGAAGAGCGAGUUGCGUGGCGUUAAGGGCGAUAUGAAGCGUCCAUUUGAUAAGGCAGCCAAAGACUAUGAGGCCAAGUUUAUCAAAAUCGAGAAAGAGAAGAAGGCACAGGCCAAGGAGGCGGGCAUGGUGCGUACUGAGAUUGAUGCCGCCGUUGUGGCCGAUGAAAUGGAAAAGGAGCGUCGUCUAUAUCAACUGCAGACCUGCGAAUAUCUGCUCAAAUAUAAAGAGAUCAAAACAAAAACUGGCAUUGAGCUGCUCCAGCAUUUUAUCGAGUAUUAUCACGCGCUGAAUAAUUACUUUAAAGAUGGUUUGCAGACAAUCGAACACUUUGGCACGUACAUUGGCGAUCUGAGCGACAAGCUGCAUGUGAUCAAGCAGAAACAGGACGAGGACAGACGCAGUCUGUUGGACUUGCGAACAUUGUUGCGCAGCACACCGGACUUUGAGCGUGGAGUGGAUAAUGUGCCGUCGUCGUCGUCGGAGAAUCGCAGCGUUGGAGCGGGUGCCGGUUACUCGCUCCAUCAGCUGCAGGGCGACAAGCAUCAUGGCGUGACACGUCAGGGACAUCUGCUCAAGAAGAGCGAGGGCAAGGUGCGACGUGUGUGGCAGAAGCGUCGUUGUCGCGUCACCAGCGAUGGAUUUCUUGACAUUUUCCAUGCGGAUGAGUCAAAGCCGCCGACACGGGUUAAUCUGCUCACCUGCCAGAUCAAGCCGGUGCCGGAUGACAAGCGUGGCUUCGAUCUGAUCAGCUACAAUCGCCCAUAUCACUUUCAAGCGGAGGAUGAAUCGGAUCAAAAGGCCUGGAUGGCCGUCUUGGUCAACUGCAAGGAGAAGGCGCUGACCAAGGCCUUCCAGCAUGCCAAUCCCCAGAUGAGUCCCAGCCUGGUGGAGCUACAGAAGACCGUGAUUCGUUAUGUGCAAUUGCUGCCGGGCAACGACAGAUGCUGUGAUUGUGGUUCCCGCAACGAUGUCACCUGGAUAAGCUUAAACUUUGGCAUACUCGUCUGCAUACAGUGCUCGGGUGUGCAUCGUGAUCUGGGUGUCCAUCAUUCACGCAUCCAGAGUCUCACGCUGGAUAAUUUGACCACAGCGAAUCUGUUAAUAGCACGUGCCAUGGGCAACAGCACCUUGAAUGACAUUAUGGAGGCCAAACUGGGCAGAGGAAAGCUCAAUCAUGAGAGCAGCAUGGAGGAACGCUACGAUUUCAUCCGCGCCAAAUAUGUGGCCAAGCGUUAUGUAAUGCGCACCUGUGCGGAUGACAAUGAUCUGCGUUGUGAUCUGGAGCAGGCCAUUGUUAAUGCGGACAUGAGUCAACUGCUGCAGGUGUGGGCCGAGGGAGCGGAUCUUACCUGUUCGUUACCUAGUUCUGAUGCGGGUGAAACAGCGCUACAUUUGGCCGUGCUACGCGAGGCAGGAUCCACUCUUCACAUUGUGGAUUUUCUCAUUCAAAAUAUGCCGCCCAAGGGCUUAAAUAAAGCCACCAAUCCGCCCGGUCUGCUGGAUGUCACCGGCAAGAAUACGCCAUUGCAUCUAUGUGCUCUGCACGAUCGAAGAGAGUGCAUGAAGCUAUUGCUGCGCUCUGGCGCGGAUUAUGAGCUUCGAAACUCUCAGAAUAAAACAGCGCUGGACAUUGCCAAAGAGAUGGGUCACAAUAGCUGCAAGGAGCUGAUUGAAUGUGCCAUAAAGCGAGAGAAGAGCGCCUUUGAUCACAUCAACACCGAUUGGAAUCUGCCCAAUGAGGAUGGCUCCACGGAUUUCAGUGACGAUGAAACCGUCAUCGAUGAGCGCAAAUCACGCUCUCGUCCGCCCAGCUUUGCUGGUGGGGACUCGCCAGUAUUGCGCUCACGCUCCUCCACAUGCGACUCCAUCCAGUCCAGUUCUAGUCCAAUCGCCAAUUGUCCAAGUCGACAAUUUACGUUGCCCAGCUACACACAAUCCGCCGGCACGUCUCCAAAGCAGCACACGAAUGUUGGCCAAUAUCUGGGCAGUGGCAACAACUUGGGUGUCAGCAGCAGCAGUGGCAAUGGAGCUGGUGGCUCUAGUCCCAGUUCUGCCUGCAGUCAAAAUGUUCGCGCUGCUCGCAACAGUUUAAACAUGCAGAGUGAGCUGGCACACGUGACUGGAGCUAGGAAAUCCACGUCUACGGCAAACAUGAACUCGCUGAAGAAGCGCACGGCGCCUGCUCCGCCGCCAGGCACUUUAGGUGGUGCCCCGACAAGCAUAUUCUAUGGCACACUGCCACAUCCGCCCAGGCAUUCGCAGAAUAUGGAUGCGAAUGACAUACGCGCCAUUAAUCAUAAGAAUCAAUCAAUGGAUGUUGCUUAUGGCACCUUACCGCAUAUGCGUAGCGUGGAGAGCUCACCGCGGAUUACAGGUGGCUCUGGAGCUGGCGGAGGUUUAGCUGGGAAUGGCAGCAAUAGCAACUUGACGCCAGCCAUGACGUCCUUUGGGCAUAAGCGUUCUCCCAGCGGCGAAUCCUUAAAUCGUAAUAUUCAUCUGGCGGGUGCAAAGCUGGUGUUGCCUCCGACUGGAGAGUUGCCCACACUUAAACAUGUGGACAAAUCGGCACUAAUGAGACCCAAAAUACCACCACCAGGUCCACCGGCAGAACGGGAAAUACCAAAUGGGCAGUCAAAUGAAAGCAUCAGUUCGAUGGACGAGGGACCCAUUGCACCGCCUCGCAAGCGCAAGCAACAAAACAUGUUGAGAUUAGAGCAUUCCAGCGAGGAAACGCUCAUCAAUCAAUCUGGGAAUUUCACCGACUACGAGUCUUGGCACACGGAUAUGGAUUCGUCAGGUGGCGGUUUGGAUCACUCGGCCGAGUCAAAUGUAUCGUCCAGCGACAACGAUCGACUCAAUUCAUCACCCGAUAAUCAAGGCAAAAAUUCAACUGGCGUUGGAUCAGCUGGCAAAUUGCUUUAUAAUGGUCAACGUCGUUGCCGAGCUUUGUAUGAUUGUGUUGCGGAUAAUGAUGACGAACUGGAAUUUAAGGAGGGUGAAAUACUGAUUGUGUUGAAUGAGCGUACAGAUGACGAGAAUUGGAUGGAGGGCAUUAUUGAGGGUCAUCCGGCGAGACGUGGCAUGUUUCCCGUUAGUUUUGUACACAUGCUGCCCGACUAAAUUUGACAUCUUUGAUAUUAUGACUAUAUGUGUGUCUGGGAUUGAUAGUAUGUAUGUGAGCGCGCAUGUGUGACUGUGUGUGUAUGUGGAUUAUUAUUUAUUACAAGUUUUUAUCAUAAUCCUACUAUAUAUAUAUAUAUGUAUUUAUUUGGUUUACAUCGUUGUAAACAAACAUACAAAGCUUAUACAAAAAUGUCUCAAGCGAGAAUUGUAAAUCAAAUCGUUUACAUUUUUUUUUAAAACUUAUUAAAAGUACACAAUAUGUAAACCCAAACGUAUUUACUAUGUAUUUUAAAUUUAAUACUUUAACCAUUUUAAAGCAUAUACUAUAAGUAGGCUCCGCUUUUAAUUGCUUUUACUACUGAAUAUGUCCUGCAAAUGUGUUAUAGGCUAUAUAUAACUAUCAUCAUAUUAUUAACUAUAUAUCUAUCUUUACUUGCUAGCCAAAACAAAACACAUCACGCUGUCCUCAAAAAGUUACUCUCCAAUGCUGUAAAAAUGAAAUAUAUGUACGUCUUUAGUUUGAGCGCAAAUCGAAAUUGAGAUCGAUGAAAUGAUGUAUUGAUAUAUGCUUAACAAUACGCUGCCAUAUACAUACAAUUAUAUCUAUCUGUAUGUACUAACAAUAAAAAGCCGACCUGGUCUGACUUUUUACUUUACAUGAACUCGUACACAAAAUAUGUAAUACUGUUGAUGGAUUUAAAUGAAAGUUUAUAAAACAACGUUAAUAAAAAAAGUUUACUCUGAUUAAAGCUUAACUCAAUUGCAAACGUAAAUUUAAAACACAAAUUCUAUUACAGUAUAACAAA